UACCCAUGCUUCUGGGGUCCCUCACUCUCACCAUUCCAGAACAUUGGGAUGAGUAGAUCUAGGCAUCGCAUCUUGCCAUGAAGUGAACACAGACGUAGGGAUACAACAGCAGCGAUUAGUCUGCACAUGUUCUUAACGAACCUAAUAUUGUUAGUUGCUUUCGCCAAGCCCAUCAGAUUGGGUGUCAAAAACUGAUUUACCAUGGAUGGGGGUGACGGAGCGGUCUCCGAGCUGCUCGCUCGGUUUCAAAAGAACAAAACGCCGCGUGAGCCCGCUCCAGCCGAUGCCUCGACGGCUGUAACUUCCAAUCCGUUCAAAGUGCACCUCCGGCACGCUGGCGACCACCACGAAGGCCACUCGGAGCAGAAAGACGAGGACGAGGAGGAGCGGAAGAAGGAGAAGAAGGAGAAGAAGGAAAAGAAAGAGAAGAAGGAGAAAAAAGAGAAGAAAGAGAAGAAGGACAAGGUGGGUGGAGAAGAGGAGGAGGAUGAGAAGAAGAAGGACAAGAAGGAGAAGAAGGAGAAGCACAAGGAAGAACUUCAUGCAGCGCACGAGGAGGCAGCGAAGGCAAAGGCAGAGCUGGAGGUGGUCCGUGGCCAGCACGACAACCUCGCGGCGCAGCUGAAGGAGCUCACGCAGCAGCAGGAAGCCAAGGACGCGGCAGCGCGCUCAGCAGUUGAAGCAGAGGCGGAAGCAGCAGCGUUGCGGGGACGGCUGAGUGAGGCGCAGGCGGAGGUCAGUGCGGCGCAAGAGAAGCUCAGCGCGUUGCAGGAGGAGCUGUCCGCUGUGCAGGAGGAGCUGUCUGCAGCCAAGGGGGAGCUAUCCAGUGCGCAGGGGGAGCUGAAUAGUGUGCGCGGGCAGCUGGAAGAGGCGCAGGCGAAAGCAGAGGCCCUGAGCCAGGCAGAGGGAGAGAUGAAGGAGGAGGUGGAGCGAGUGAAGGAGGCGGCAACAACAGCGCAGCAGCAACUGGAGCAACAGCUGGCAGCCAGAGACGCAGACAUGCAGCAGCUGCAGGCGGAUCUCAAGGAUCUGCAGAAGAAGCUGGAGGAAGGUGGCAAGCAGGCGCACGAAGAGGUAGGGCAGACAGAGGCGCGUGUGGACGACGGAGCAGCAGACGGUGCGUCAGCAGCGGCAUUGAAGGCAGCUGAAGCGGAGUUGGCGCGGCUGAGGGAGGAGGUGAGCGACUGGAAGGAGCAUGCGGAGGAGAUGGCGAAGGAGAAGCUGCAGAGGGAGAACGAGGCACAAGCCGAGGAAGAGCAGCGGCAGCACCUCGAGCAGCAGCUGCAGGAGGCGAGGAAGGAGGUCGAGGAGCUGCGGCAGCGGAGCCAACAGCUGGAAGCGGCUGCAGGGACGGCAGGUGCCCCGCCGCAAGGGGCAGGCACAGCAGCUGCUGCGCAAGGGGUAGAUAGGGCAGGGGAGGUAGAAGAAGGGCCAGGAGAAGCGGAGGUUGAAAAUGAUUUAGCAGAAGGAGGGGAGCAUGCGGCAGUAGGGUUGGGGAAGGAGGCGGAGGCGGAGUGGAGGCGGCGCUUGGAGCACUUGGAGGGGCAGCUGAAGGCAGCAGAGGCACGGGCUGCCUCCCUGGAAGCAGCUGUGGCGGCUGGCGGGGCAGAGGCGCAGGCCAGUUCUCAGCGCACUGCUGAGGAUGGUGGUGGGAACGAUAGUGGGAAGGACGAAGAGGAGAGAGAGCGAAACAGUACAGGAGAGGGGGACAAUGAUGAGGAGGUGGCAGAUGGGGAGAGGGAGGAAGCAGAGGGUGAGGAAGCAGAGGGUGAGGAUGGGUCUAAGAAUGCUUCUGAUGAGAAGACACGUGCAGCGAGUGUAAGUGGGUCAGCAACAGCCGUGGCGACGGCAGCAGCCGCAGCAGCAGCAGCAGAAGGUAGAGAGGAGAUAGACUUGGCGGGCGCGCUAGCGCUGGUGGACGAGCUGCAGGCGGAGCUGGAGGCAGCGCGCGUGGAGAUGCAGCAGCUGCGGGACGCGGAGGACGAGCUGCAGGCCAAGGUGCAGGCGCUUGAGGAGGAGAAGGAGGACGUGGCGCGCGAGCUGGAGAUCACGAGCGAGGACCUGAGGAAGGAGCGGGACCUGGCAGCGGAGGCAGGGCUCGUGGCCGAGGAGGAGUGGCGGAAGAGACAGGAAGCUGAGCGCGCCAAGAAGGAGCUGGAGAGAGAGCUGGCUAAGAAAGGUGGCACCGGUGGUGCAACUUCUGCUGCUGCUGGGGGUGCGGCACAGGGGGCGCACAAGGAAGGGGAGGAUGGGGCACGGAAGAAGGAAGGCGCGGAGGAUGGCAGGCGUGCGGAUGGCAGUGGGGGAGAUGGGGCAGCAGACGGGCAGGAUGGGGACGAUGGGAUUCGGGAGCCGUCAGCCGAGGUUUGUCAGGUGAAUCUGAAGCUGGAGCUGUCCGAGAUGCGGCGCGAGGCACAAGGAAUGCGCCUCAAGCUGCACAACUCCAAGCUCGCCCUCACUUCCGCUGAGGCCGAGGUGGUUAGGCUGACGGUGCGUGUGGCGUUUGCGCGCGUGCUGCUGCAGCUGGUGUCAAGGUCGCGCGAGAUGCAUGAAGACGAGCUGAUCAUGGCGACGACCAUGGUGGAGGAGGCCAAGGUGAGGGAGAGCGCCGUGGAGCGGAACCUCUUCUCGCUGCUCAAUGAGAUCGCUCGCCUCAUCAAGGAGCAGCAGAUGCAGGCCAAGAACAACGGCGCCACGUACCUCAAGUAUAAGAUAGGGCCGGCGGAGAUAGAGGCGGUGAAGGAGGACCUGCGACAGCUGGUGCGGUGGGUGCAGACCAAGGCCACGCUCGCCGAGAAGGGGCGCCAGAAGAACAGGGCUGCACGGGUGGGUGCUGCAGGCGUGGCAGACGCAGCGGCAGCAACAGCAGCUGCGGCGGCUGCUGCCAAUGCAGCAGCGACGCGCGCGAGUGUAGAGGCACUGAGGCGGGGCGGGAGUGUGGGAGUAGGAGGGGAGAGUGGUCGCGACUCAGCGGUGCAUGGGGGCCCAGAGAUGGUGGUGCAGCUGGAGAGGGAGCUGGAGGAGGCGAAGGCGCGGUCAGAGGAGGCAGAGAAGCUGCAUGUGAUGGUGGAGGGCGUGCGGGAGAAGGAGAGGCGCACGCGCGAGGAGGUGGAGCGGGAGCUCCGCGCGGCACAGGCCAAGGUGGCGGAGGCGGAGAUGAUGGUGCAGCAGGUGGACGCCCUGCGCAACACGGCGUCUGUGCUGGCGGCGGAGCUGACGGAGGAAGUGAAGGAGACCAAGGUGAAGAUGCUGGAGGCGGAGGAGGUGGAGGGGCGCAUCACAGCGCUGGAGGCCACGGAGAAUGUCAUCAAGGCGGAUCUAGAGGUGAAGAGCCUGCGCCUGAGGGAGAUCGACCGCGACUACCCGUACCUCAUGGCGCAGGUGGCGGCGGACGGCGCGCCUGCCAAGCCGCGCGGGUCCAUCUUCUCCCUGGGGCGCAGCUCCGCGGAGGCCGCAGCGGUGGCGGCAGCGUCGGCAGCGGCCAAGGAGAGGAAGCGGCUGCUGGACGAGAUCCGAGUGAUGCGUGAGCAGCUCAUCUGGACGCAGGGCUCGCUCACUAAGAGCCGCCAGCGCCUGCCCGAGCUCUACCAGGAAGCGAAGGAGUGCAGGCGCAAGGUGGAGGAGAAGGAGCGGGAGGCGAAGCGGGUGCGGCAGUGGCUGGCAGAGCACGAACCUAUCAUCGCAGCCAACCAGGCCAGGCAGGCGCAGACUGCUGCUGCCGCUGCCGCCCUUGCUGCCUCUGCUCCUUCUCGCCCUGCUCCUGUUGCUGCUGCUCCUGCUGCUCCUGCUCCUGCUAGUGUGAGCAGCUGGGGCUUUUCAAGUGACGCCAGCUAUAGUUCUGCCAGUGGCGGUGCUGGUGGUGCAGGGAGCGGCAUGACGGUGCCUGCUGGGCUGGCAUCUGCACGGGUGGUGGUGCCAUCAGCCACGAGCUCUGUGGGUGCGGCUGUGGCCAAUGCUGCCCAUGUGGCAGCAGCCAUGGCUGCCGCAGCAGCAGGUGCAGACGAGGGGCGCACAAGGAGCAGCAGCACGUGGAGCUGGUGGAAGAAGAAGGAGGAGCCGGAGCAGGCAGAGGAGGAGUUUGAGGAGCCAGCGCGGGAGCAGAUCAUCAUGCUGCCGCCGCUCACCAACGACAGCGUGCUGUCCAGUGCCAUAGCCGCCUUCGCCAAGGCCAAUAGCACCACCAAGAUCUCCCCUCUUCAGGCGCCCGCGCCUCCUCCCCCCACUCCUUCUGGGCCACCCCGCAUGGCCCAAGACCUGCCCCCUCCUGCCCUUCCCACUUCCCCUUCUCCUGCUCCUGCUCCUGCUCCUGCUGCCCCUUCCUCUCCCCCUGCUGCAUCGCCAGUUCCUGCUGCUGAUGCGGAUGCCGCUGCUGGUGCCGCUGUUGAUGUUGAUGCUGCUGCUGAUGCUGCUGUUGAUGGUGAUGCUGAUGCUGAUGCUGCCGCUGAUGCUGCUGCUGAUGCUGAUGCUGAUGCUGAUGCUGCCGCUGAUGCUGCUGCUGAUGCUGGUGCUGAUGUUGAUGCUGCUGCUGCUGCUGCUGCUGCUGCUGCUGCUGCUGCUGCUGCUGCUGCUGCUGCUGCUGCUGCUGCUGAUGCUGCUGCUGCUGCUGCUUCCAGUGAAGAGAGGGCCGAGGAGGGAGAAAGUGAGGGAGGAAAGAAGAGAGAGGAGGAGGUGGAAGAGGAGGAGGAUCAUAGGAAGCAAGAGUGGGAAGGUAAUGUGGAGAGUGAAGCUGCGAUGAAUGAAGGAGCAAGUGGAGGAGAGGGGAGCACGGUAGAGGAAAGCAAGGAAGAAAAGAAGGUGCACGGAUUGGAAGAAGAGGUGAGCGAGGAGGUGGAGGGCAAGGUGGAGGAAGGGCAGGUGGGAGGAGAGGAAGAGGAGGCCCAUCUGCAAGCGGUAGAGGAAGGUGCGGAUGCAGCUGCACAGCAGGCUCUAAGCAUAGCUGAAGCUGUUCAGGAGGCAGAGGCAGAUGCAGCGGGGGAGGUAGAGGCAGAGACGAAGGGAGAGGCAGAGACAGAGGCAGAGCAGGCUGCUGCCGCUGUUGACUCGCCAACCAGUGAGGCAGCAGAUGGCGGUGCUGAUGCCACAACGGCUGGGCCACCUUCAAUACCUGCGGUUGCUGAUGUCUCUUCUGAUGUGGCUGCUGCUUCUGAUACAUCUGCUGGUGUUGCUGCUGCUGCUGAUGUGCCUGCUGACGUGGCUGCUGCUGCUGAUGAUGUCUCUGCUGAUGUGGCUGCUGUUGCUGCAACUGAUGUCGCUGCUGAUGUGGCUGAUGCUGCUGAUGCCUCUGCAGACGUGGCUACUGAUGAUGAUGUGGCUGCUGCUGCAGCAGCAGCUGAUGUCUCUGCUGAUGUGGCUGCUUCUGCUGCUGAUGUCUAUGCUGACGUGGCUGCUGGUGAUGAUUUCUCUGUUGAUGCGGUUACUGCAGCAGUUGAUGUCUCGGCUGAUGUGGCUGUUGCUGCUGAUGUCUCUGCAGAGGUGGCUGCUGAUGAUGAUGUGGCUGCUGCUGCAGCUGAUGUCUCUGCUGACGUGGCUGCUGCUGCUGCUGAUGUCUCUGCUGACGUGGCUGCUGGUGAUGAUUUCACUGCUGAUCUGGCUGUUUCUGCUGAUGUCUCUGCAGAGGUGGCUGCUGAUGAUGAUGUGGCUGCUGCAGCAACUGAUGUCUCUGCUGACAUGGCUGCUGCUGAUGAUUUCUCUGCUGAUGUGGCUACUGGAGCAGUUGAUGUCUCUGCUGACGUGGCUACUGGAGCAGUUGAUGUCUCUGCUGAUGUGGCUGUUGCUGCUGUUGUCUCUGCAGAGGUGGCUGCUGAUGAUGAUGUGGCUGCUGCUGCAGCUGAUGUCUCUGCUGACAUGGCUGCUGCUGCCGCUGCUGCUGCCGCUGCUGCUGAUGUCUCUUCUGACGUGGCUGCUGGUGAUGAUGUCACUGCUGAUGUGGCUGCUGCAGAAGCUGAUGUCUCUGCAGAGGUGGCUGCUGCUGAUGAUGUGGCUGCUGCUGCAGCUGAUGUCUCUGCUGACAUGGCUGCUGCUGAUGAUUUCUCUGCUGAUGUGGCUACUGGAGCAGUUGAUGUCUCUGCUGAUGUGGCUGUUGCUGCUGCUGUCUCUGCGGAGGUAGCUGCUGAUGAUGAUGUGGCUGCUGCUGCAGCUGAUGUCUCUGCUGACGUGGCUGCUGGUGAUGAUGUCACUGCUGAUGUGGCUGCUGCAGAAGCUGAUGUCUCUGCAGAGGUGGCUGCUGCUGCUGAUGUGGCUGCUGCUGCAGCUGAUGUCUCUGCUGACGUGGCUGCUGGUGAUGAUUUCUCUGCUGAUGUGGCUAUUGCUGCUGAUGUCUCUACAGAGGUGCCUGCUGAUGAUGAUGUGGCUGUUGCUGCAGCUGAUGUCUCUGCUGACGUGGCUGCUAGUGAUGAUUUCUCUGCUGAUGUGGCUGUUGCUGCUGAUGUCUCUACAGAGGUGGCUGCUACUGCCGCUGCUGCUGAUGCCUUUGCUGACGUGGCUGCUGGUGAUGAUUUCUCAGCUGAUGUGGCUAUUGCUGCUGAUGUUUCUACAGAGGUGCCUGCUGAUGAUGAUGUGGCUGUUGCUGCAGCUGAUGUCUCUGCUGACGUGGCUGCUAGUGAUGAUUUCUCUGCCGAUGUGGCUGUUGCUGCUGAUGUCUUUACAGAGGUGGCUGCUGAUGAUGAUGUGGCUGCCACUGCUGCUGCUGCUGAUGUAUUUGCUGACGUGGCUGCUGGGGAUGAUUUCACCGCUGAUGUGGCUGCUGCAGCAACUGAUGUCUCUGCUGAUGUGGCUGUUGCUGCUGAUGUCUCUGGAGACGUGACUGCUGAUGAUGAUGUGGCUGCUGCUGCAGCUGAUAUCUCUGCUGACAUGGGUGCUGCCGCUUCUGCUGAUGUCUCUGUUGAUCCGGCAGAUGAUGAUGUGGCUACUGUUGCUGCUGAUGUCCCUGCUGACGUGGCUGCUGCUGAUAUCACUGCUGAUGCUGCUGUUACUGCUUAUGCCUCAGCUGACGUGGCUGCUGAUGCCGCUGCUAAGGUGGCUGCUGCUGCUGAUGAUGAUGUCUCUGCUGAUGUGGCUGUUGCCGCUGAUGCCUCUGCUGACGUGGUGGAUGUCACUGCUGAUGUGGCUGCUGCUGCUGUUGAUGUCCCUGUGGACGUUUCUGCUGAUGUCACAACUGAUUUGGCUUCUGCUGCAGCUAAUGUCUGUGCUGAUGUGGCUGCAGACACCAUGGCAGCAGCACCAGAGCAGUCAGAUGUGGUGGAAGGGGCUGCUGAACAUGAGGACCUGGCAGCACAGGGGCUAUUGGAUGCGUCUCUUGCGCACACCCUCCCUGCUGCCGGUGCUGAUCAGAUUGUGGUGGAGGCAGAGGUUGCUGCAUCUCCAAGCGUGUCCUUUGAGGGCAACGAGGCUGAGAGAGAUGCAGUCAACCUUCCCGGGGCACCUGUCCCUGCCCCUCUCGUCCCGUCAGCACCUGCUGCGGCCGACCCCCUGUCACCGCACACUGCUGUGGGAGAUGAGCCUGUAGCUGAUGCCCCUGAGGCUAGCGUGGUCGAUCAAAGUGGGACCACAGGUGGAGAGGGGGAGGCGCAGCAGGUGACGGCAGCUGAGGUGGAGGAGGAAGGAGGUGCUGCUGGGAGUGUGCCGGUGGAGGCGGCUCGUGAGGAUGCCAUGCAGCAAGCAGGGAGUGCAGAGCAGCAGAGUGAUGCUAAUGAUGAGCAUAACGAGCUGUAAAAUCUUGAUGGUCACUACGGCUGUUGCUUCAGGUGCAGAGCAGUCCACCCUAUCGCCUGCCUGGGUGUGCUCAAGGUGGCAGUGCUGGUCCAAUGAUGUCGGGUGCUUCUUUUUUGUAAUUGCAAUGAAUGUCUUUUCCAGUGCGUGCUUGAUUCUAUGCUGGUCCUAGCAAUCCAUAUUUUCGGUAGCUGAACAUGGUACCUGUCAUCACACGUGUGCCCAUGUAGUUUUUUCGCAUAGCAGACAUGGGAUCUCAUAUAUUCCCCUUUUUUUUGUUCAUGUAUGAUCGGCACAUUUCCACAAGCCAAACACUGUUUGUAGGAGGCUGAGAUGUGAAGCGAUCCAAUGUGGUCCAUAGGAUGUUCAGGAUUGAACGUCAGUAAUGCGCUUUGUGGGAGUGGUUG